GAGGGGGAUUCCCCCAAGGGGGAGGAGACAACUCCUGGUUGGGAGAGGCUCCUCCCCUCCUCCCCAGGGUAGCAGGCAGGGUGUGGGGGGUGUGCCACCUUCCCCAGGUAGGUCCACCCUCUCCCCCUCCUCCUCCUCCGACUCCUCUUCCUCGGGGGACAGAGUUCCCCGCUCCUGCUUGGGAGGCUCCGCCAGGCGCUGGAAGAGUCACAGAGGAUGAGCCCCGUCACCUGCCUGUGAAGAGGGGAAUCCCUGCAACCACAGACUUCUGUACCAGGUGGUUUCCUCCGGUGGCUGGGGGAACCUUGGAGGCAGAACCCAGAAGCACAAUGGCCUCUGACCUAGAGAGCAGCCUCACCUCCAUAGACUGGCUGCCCCAGCUGACUCUCCGAGCUAGUAUUGAGAAGCUGGGGAGCGCUUCUCAGGCUGUGCCUCCAGGGGGCAGCCGAAAGUGUUCCCCAGGCUCUCCCACGGAUCCUAAUGCCACCCUCAGCAAAGAUGAAGCAGCAGUCCACCAAGAUGGCAAGCCACGCUACAGCUACGCCACCCUCAUCACCUAUGCCAUCAACUCCUCACCAGCCAAGAAGAUGACCCUCAGUGAGAUUUACCGCUGGAUCUGCGAUAACUUCCCCUAUUACAAGAAUGCUGGCAUUGGCUGGAAGAAUUCCAUUCGACACAACCUUUCUCUUAACAAGUGCUUCCGGAAGGUGCCCAGACCUCGGGACGACCCUGGGAAGGGCUCUUAUUGGACAAUUGACACCUGCCCUGACAUUUCCCGGAAGAGAAGGCACCCUCCAGAUGAUGACCUGCCCCAAGACUCCCCAGAACAGGAGGCCAGCAAAAGCCCCCGGGGAGGUGUUCCAGGGAGUGGAGAAACCUCACUGCCUCAUGAGGGGACUCCUCAGAUGGCACUGCAGAGUCCCUCUUCCAUGGCCAGCUACAGCCAGGGCCCGGGGUCUGUGGAUGGUGGAGCAGUGGCAGCAGGGGCUCCAGGCCGCGAAAGCACAGAGGGCGCCCCUCCCCUCUACAACACCAACCCUGACUUCAAAUUCUCCUACUCAGAGAUCAACUUUCAGGACCUCAGCUGGUCCUUCCGCAACCUCUACAAGUCCAUGCUGGAGAGGUCCUCCUCCUCUUCCUCACAGCACGGGUUUUCCUCACUCCUGGGAGACAUGCCGCCUUCUAACAACUACUACAUGUACCAGCAACCUCCACCUCAGCAGCAGCAGCAACAGCAGCAGCCGCCCCAACAGUCUCAGCCACAGCAGCCACAAGCACCCGCACAGGGCCCCUCAACUGUAGGGGGUGCCCCUCCACUGCACACCCCAAGCACUGAUGGUUGUACUACCCCAGGGGGAAAACAAGCCGGAGCCGAAGGCUAUGGCCCCCCCGCUGUGAUGGCCAUGCAUCCCCCGCCACUGCAGCACGGUGGCUACCACCCUCAUCAGCACCAUUCCCACCCUGCCCAGCAGCCACCGCAGCAGCAAGCACAGAGCCAGGCGCCCAUCAACAGCACUGGCUUUGGUGAGCACGGAGGGGACAGAGGAAGCUGGGAGGAGGCCUUCCCUCCAGACUGGUGCUCCAAUAUCGACUCCUUAAAGGAAAGCUUCAAAAUGGUGAACCGGCUCAACUGGUCCAGCAUUGAGCAGUCCCAGUUCUCAGAGCUGAUGGAGAGUCUACGGCAGGCAGAGCAGAAGAACUGGACCCUCGACCAGCAUCACAUCGCCAACCUGUGUGACUCGCUCAACCACUUCCUCACCCAGACUGGUCACAUGCCCCCACAAGGGGGCUCCCACCGACCACCUGCCCCUGCCCGCAUCACUGACUCCUGUGCUCUUACCAGCGGUAAACCGGAGCCAUCCAUGAACCAAGUGAACUCUUAUGGGCAUCCACAAGCCUCCCAUCUCUACCCUGGCCCAGCACCAAUGUACCCAAUCCCCACCCAGGACACAACAGGAUACAGUCGCCCAGCACACCACAUGGUUCCUCGGCCACCUGUCCCACCUCCUGGUGCCAGUGAGGAGAUCGCCGAUGACUUCGACUGGGACCUGAUCACUUAAUGAAUCAGAGUGGACAUCAGCCCACGGCCUGGUGGUGAUUCUCACCGUGGGGGAAGAACAGUCCCCGCCCACCCUCCCCAAACCUGUAUAUAGAUAUAUAGCUUCUUCCCAUUCUCUCUGUCAGAGAAGCCACCGCAAGAUGCUGCCGAAGAUAAUCCCAUUUCCUUCCGCAUUCUCUGUUCCCUCCUAGUUCUUUUAUUAUUAUUCUAAUUAUAUUAUUAUUAUUAUUGGUUAUAUGCUGCCCAGUCUACUGCCCCUCACCAUGGGCUAUGCCCUCCUCUUUCCUAUUUGAAAUUUUCAAGCUGCAAAUCUUGGCCAUGGUAGCCGUAGAGAAAGGUUUCAAAUUCUUGUUCACCUUUCUCUGAGAAAUGCAAUGCCACUCCCACUUUUCAUCUCUAGAUUGUGUUCUGUUCCUGUCUGUUUCAGGCUGGCCUGAAGAGGCCUCGGCAAGGGGAGGGGGUCUAAGACACUGUUUGGCAGCCAUGACUUUGCAGGUUUUAUUCAAUGGUGCUAAUUGUGUCCUCUGAACUCUUCCUUUAUGUACCCAGUCUUUUCUUCUGGUAGUCCUCAUUCCCCUUGGAGGGUAGGCUUGGACAGUGGAGUUGAGUAGAAAGCCGUGGAGAAGUGAUGGGCUGUAAAUCAGCAUGAGGUUAGGUGGCACUGCCAUGUCAAGGGAUCUCUGGUUUUCUCCUGCCAUGUCAGGACAUCCCUGGUUUCUUUCUGCCAUGUCAGGGCAUCCCUGGCUUCCUCCUGCCAUGUCAGGACAUCCCUGGUUUCUUUCUGCCAUGUCAGGGCAUCCCUGGCUUCCUCCUGCCAUGUCAGGGCAUCCCUGGUUUCUUUCCGCCAUGUCAGGGCAUCCCUGCCUUUCUCCUGCCAUGUCAGGUCAUCCCUGGUUUCUUUCUGCCAUGUCAGGGCAUCCCUGGCUUUCUCCUGCCAUGUCAGGGCAUCCCUGGUUUCUUUCUGCCAUGUCAGGUCAUCCCUGGUUUCUUUCUGCCAUGUCAGGUCAUCCCUGGUUUCUUUCUGCCAUGUCAGGGCAUCCCUGGCUUUCUCCUGCCAUGUCAGGUCAUCCCUGGUUUCUUUCUGCCAUGUCAGGGCAUCCCUGGCUUUCUCCUGCCAUGUCAGGGCAUCCCUGGUUUCUUUCUGCCAUGUCAGGACAUCCCUGGCUUUCUCCUGCCUUGUCUAGGUAUCCCUGACUUCCUCCUAGAUCACGCUCUCAGGUUAGCUUAUAUGGGAGGGCAUGAGGACCACUGUUCAUUAUAGGUUCAGCAUCUUGGGAACACUUUCAACUUAAAGCAUUUGACUUUGGAAAAUAAUUCUUUCUGAGAAUUAACUGUGGCUAUUACUGCAUAUGUAAAUUAUCUUCCAUCUUUUCCCCUUCAGCAAAUACUGUUUUGUCUUCCUAUAGCUAUUUGUCCAAAUAAUCCACCUGUCUUAUUUUUGUCUCCCAUUUUCUGGGAGCCUCAAAUAACAAAAGGAAGCCAUCCUCAUUCUGGGUUUCCUCAUGCCCUGGACGUGCUCCGGAAACCUCUCACGCCUGUCUUGGCAGACCCGUAUCCGUAAUAUUGCUGAUAGGAGGGAGGGGAGAAAGGAAGUUGGCAUAGACGCAGGUCAGGAAUGUGUUGUCUGUUUAACAGCACAGGGAGUGCUUCUCCCGAAAUCCCUAUCAAUGGGGUUGAAGCUUUUGCUUUUGACGGGCAGUGGAAAUUAUAAGAGAGAAAUUAAUAUAGAGACAGGAUCCAGGAAGGGCAGGUCACUCCUAGGCGUAGGAUGAGUAAUCUCCAUUAACAGUAAGUGGCCAGGGCUUACUGCUCUGAGUUCUCAGUGAAUGUGUUUAUCGGAUUUGGCUUAAGAGAGGGAAGACCAAGUUUACUUACAUUUUUCUGAAAUGGACAAAACGCAUAAACUAGACAAGGUCGAUCUCUUUGUGGUUUCUGAUUUUUGCUCAUUUUCUUUUGUUUAUCCAUGAUUUCCAGACAGUGUGCUUUCCAUUCUGAUUUCCCCUUCGCCAGCCCCUUUCCUUUCUUUAGAAGGGGUUCAUGUAUGAGAUUGUCGCAGUCCGGUGAGGUGAGGUGAAGGGGCAAGCUAGGGCAGUUCACUGAAGAGCACUUUAUCUCUUGAAGCCUUCGUAAGGAAAGAAGGGGGAUAAGAAAAAGCCAGCGACCUCCAGCAUGAUGGGAGAUUAUAUUGGGGAGCGUCUGGUAGGGUUGAACUAUGAUGCAGUGUUUCCCACUGGGGAAGGGAAUGUUUCUCUAGUUCUCUAGUGGGCGGCCCAUGCCUUUGCUCGGUACCCAAUUGGGCAUCUCCUUGUUCCUUCCAUCCAGGUUUAUUCUCCGUAGCUUCCCUUUGGUUUUUCCCCAACCUCUUGCCUUUGCAGAGCAACACUCCUUUUCUAAAGCUUUCCUGGUCAGAUCUCUAUGAGGUUGGGAAGGGCAGGCUGAACCACACUCCUAAAGGCCCCUGGCUCCUCCGUGUCCUGAGAACCAGUCUUGUGAAGAGCCCCAGUGGGCAGUCAGAGCAGCUGAAGUAUGGGCUGGGCCUGGAGAUGGCCUGAGGCCUCCUGGGCUUCCAGCUCUCCUCCACCAGGCUCAUGCUUCCAAAAUGGCACAGGACAAACUUGAUUCCCUUUGAGCCUCAGUUUCCCUCCCCUCCGUGAAGUGGAAAGAAAACUACUUUAUUUUGUUGGUCCAGUGUUGCUGGACAUGAAGUUUUGUCAUUGUUGUUGUCUUGGGUGAUGUGUGCAAAAUCGUAGGAGUCACUGCCUAUAAGAGGAAAUAAGGGAAAAAGCAGAGGAGGAGGACGGAAGGAGAGAUCAUUGGGUAUUGGCCUGCCUAUCCUAGGUUUCCUCUCCUCAACUCCCAUGUUUCUGGUUUGGUGAGUUCUUUAUACCACCCAUAAUGCUUUGCAUUGGUGCAGGCUGGGAAGAUGGUGUAUAGGCUCACAACUUGAUUUUUUUUUUUUUUGCAUGCUUUCUUAAUAAAAAAACAAAAAGGAAUGUUUUCAGUUUUUAUCUU